GGUUGAAAAGCGGCCAUUAUUUUUCAAGGUGAAUACUGUUUGACUAGAAUGCUCUGAAGCUCUGCCUCUCCUUGGCUCACACACUGCAGAAGCAGCAGAAGAUUGUGCUGAACUUCUGAGGGCAAAUGGCUUCCAUUACUGCUAACCUGCCUCCGGCAUUGCUGGUCCAUGGUGUAAAGCCUUUUUCAGGGAACUUGAAAAGAUCCCCUAUUUUUCUUGUGCCGGGGAGACAGAAUCAUCCUGCUGGUUUAUUUACUGUAAAGGCUACCGGGGAAAGUUCUGAAUCUUCUACCUCCCUUACUGUUAUCAAGUCUGUUCAGAAUGUUUGGGAUAAACCUGAGGAUCGGGUGGGACUAAUUGGCUUGGGUUUUACAGCUGUAGUGGCACUUUGGGCAUCAGUAAAUCUGAUUACGGCCAUUGACAAAUUGCCGCUCAUCCCAGGUCUACUGGAAUUAAUUGGAAUACUGUUCAGCUCAUGGUUCACUUACCGCUAUCUCUUGUUCAAGCCUGAUCGGCAGGAGCUGUAUCAAAUCUUGAACAAAUCAAUUUCAGAUAUCUUGGGUUAGUGUAUUCUGCCGCCAAAGUUAAACCAUAGAGCGUGAUUUUGGUGCAGAUUCUUAAGGUCCAAGCAACUUGUUCUUGUGAGAGGGUUGGAAGGAAAAGAAGAGCUGAGGGUUUUGUUGCCGGGCUUAAAUGACUGUGCAAAGGAAAAAAAAUGUACUUGGUUUAAUACCAUUAUUACAUGAAAGAAUUAAAAGCUGGCAUUCGUUGUCUUGGCGUAUGAGAAGUCAAGUGUCUGGUUUCCAACUCAUUCAGUGCAUGUUGAGAUUGUGAAUUAAAAAAAAGUUCAGGUGUAAAUUUGUUUUGGAAGUUUUCAUUUAAGAGCACUGGGCGUUCAAAAGUUUUUGUUUAAAUUUGUGUCAGAAGUUUAAAAUUGCAAUAAUGUUGGUUUC